AGCAGGAAGGAUUAAGGUGCGUUACAUAAAGUACACAUCAGACAGAUAAGCAGCUAUUUAUAAAAAAUGAAACUGCGUUUUUUUCCCCCUGAAAUUAGGUGGUAAUGAAACUGGAAAUGGUGCAAGAACGGUCUGGGUGCUUCGGGGGCGUCAGUUCUGUCCACUCAGCGUGUGCGACUUCCCUUUUCCUCCGUGUAAGCUCAGUGCAGCCUCCUCUCUCCGUGUCUCCUGCGCCCCGGGGUCCAACGCCGCAGCCAUGGACACCGACACGACCUCCACCCGAGGGGCGCGUGUCUGACGCGGCCCGGCUGGGACCGUGCGACGGAGCCGCUCGCCUGAAAAAACGGGACACUUUGCUCCGAUCAGACGACGUCUCUGUCUGUGGCCCGAGGGCGACUUUUCCCAGAUCCCGUCGGGGUUUGGACAUCUGCUGGCUUCCAAAGUGCUACGCUGCUCCGUCACGACAGUAUGGAGACAGUCGUCGGCAGCCCUGGCACACGCAACCAGUUCGCUGUGUCCACCUCCGUCUUCAACUCCAGCUGUCACUUCGAUGAGGAGUUCAAAUACAUCCUGCUGCCGGUGUCUUACAGUCUGGUGUUCGUGGUGGGCUUCGUGCUCAACGCCGCAGCUCUAUGGAUGUUCCUGAAGAUGCGUCCGUGGAACACCAGCACAGUGUUCAUGUUCCACCUCGCCCUGUCGGACUUCCUGUACGUCUUCUCCCUGCCCACCCUCAUCUACUACUAUGCCAACCGCAACCACUGGCCCUUCGGAGUGGCUGCCUGCAAGAUAGUGCGCUUCCUCUUCUAUGCCAACCUCUACUGCAGCAUCCUCUUCCUCACCUGCAUCAGCGUGCACCGCUACCUGGGCAUCUGCCACCCCAUCAAGGCGAUGACCAUGGUGAAGUCUCGCCAUGCCCACCUGGUGUGUGGCAUGGUGUGGGGUGUGGUGACCGUGUGUCUGGUGCCCAACCUCAUUUUCGUCACCACGUCCAGUAGGAACAAUGACACGCUGUGUCACGACACAACCAACCAGGAGGCCUUCGGGAGGUAUGUGGACUACAGCUCCGUUGUCAUGGUGCUGCUGUUUGGCGUCCCGUUCAUGGUCAUCAUGGUGUGUUACUGCCUGAUGGCGCGGGCCCUGUGCCGGCCCCGGAGCGGGUUGUCCGCCAGCCAGCAGAGCGGCAACUCGCGUCAGAAAUCCAUCAAGCUCAUCAUCGUGGUGCUGGUGGUGUUCGGCGUGAGCUUCGUCCCGUUUCACAUCACGCGGACCCUCUACUACACCUUCCGGGUGCUAGAUCUCAACUGCAAAUACCUCAACAUUGUCAACUUUACGUACAAGAUCACCAGGCCGCUCGCCAGCGUCAACAGCUGCAUUGACCCCAUUCUGUAUUUCCUGGCUGGGGAUCGCUACCGCUCCAAAAUGAUGUCUGUUCUGACGGGGAAAAGACAGGUGACCGGCAGUCACACACCCGAACAGGCACGAACUCAGCCGAACCGUAACCAUGGCAUCGCUCUGGUCUAUUGUAACCCAGCCCUCGAAGCCGGAGGAGAGGUGGAGAGAUAGUGGCAAAUCUGUUGCGAAAAUCUAAAAGCACAAGUCUUGAAGAUUUCUGCUCCGCACUGAGCUAACAUUUCUAAUGCCACACACUCAGAAAACACCUCUUUCAUUUUCCUUUUUUUUUGUACGGAGAAGUCUGGAACUAUUUUACGGUAAAAUGUACUAACAGUGUAUGCUUCCACCACUCCUUCAAAUGUAUCUAUUUGUGUUUAACACGCUCAAAGACCAUAUUUCAAUUCCUCUCACGAAGUGGAUUCAUACCUUUUCCUGAGCGUACAGUCUUCCACCAUAAAGGAAUUAUUACUCUAAACUCAGUAACAUGCAACAACAGUAUUUACGCUGCUGUACAGUCUUUGUCUUUGUGGGAAAUAAAGCCUAUGCAGAAGUGA